AUGGAAGCCAAAAAAGACGAUGUCACAAAGCUGAUCGGUGAUUUGUCACCCGAUGUAGAGAAGCAGCUGAGGAUGACCUGGAAAAACGUCUGCAGAGGAGCACUUGUGACUGGAGGGUUAUCAGGUGUAUGUGCGCUGCUGGGUGGACCUGUAGGUCUUGCUUUUGGUGGGAUCAUUGGUGGGAUCUACAGCUGGAUGACCAGUGAAGAGUUCAAGCCUCUGCCUCAGAUCCUGAUGGAGAUGACCCCUGCCCAGAGGGAUGAGCUCUUCAAGGGAAUCAUGGCAGUUUUAGGAGGCCAGGUGUGGGAAACUGCAUCCCAGCUCAUUUAUAUAGUGAGAGGAACUCCCUCUUUGAAGAAGGCAGUCAUCAAUGUGAUAAUCCAGAAAAUGUUUCACUGA